AUGCGUUGUACUUUCAUACUAACACGAGAUAGAAUAUCAUCUCGGCUUAUUAAAAGGCAAUGCAGCAAACUCGCCCGAUUACGAGCACAACUCCUCGAACCCGGCCCAGGCGCAGGAGGAGCAGGCGGCACAGGCUUCGACGUCUCCAAAUCCGGCGACGCGCGAAUAGCCCUCGUCGGCUUUCCGUCGGUGGGAAAGUCGACCUUCUUGUCCAAAGUCACCAAGACCAAGUCGGAGGUUGCGGCGUACUCUUUCACUACGCUGACUGCCAUCCCUGGAGUUCUGGAGUAUGGAGGCGCGGAGAUUCAGGUGCUCGAUUUGCCCGGAAUUAUUGAGGGGGCUUCGGAGGGGAAGGGACGCGGGAGGCAGGUGAUUUCUGCUGCGAAGACAAGUGACAUGGUUCUCAUGGUGCUGGAUGCUACGAAGCGAGCUGAGCAACGGGCACUACUGGAAGCAGAACUGGAGGCUGUGGGCAUCCGACUGAACCAAGACCCACCCAACAUCUAUCUCAAGCAGAAGAAGGCCGGUGGGAUGAAGAUCACCUUCCAAGCGCCGCCGAAGUAUCUCGACGAGAAGAUGUUGUACAACAUCCUUCGUGACUACCGCAUGCUGAACUGCGAAGUCCUGGUGCGAGAUGAGAACGCCACCAUCGACCAAUUCAUCGACGUGAUCAUGAAAGACCACCGCACCUACAUCAAAUGCCUCUACGUCUACAACAAAAUCGACAGCAUCUCGCUCGAGCAUCUCAACACCCUCGCCCACGAGCCCAACACAGCCGUAAUGUCCUGCGAACUCGACCUCGGGAUCCAAGACGUCGUCGAGCGGUGCUGGGAAGAGCUGCGCCUGAUCCGCAUCUACACGAAGCGCAAAGGCAUCGAGCCGGACUUUAGCGAGGCGCUGAUUGUGCGCAAUCACAGCACGAUUGAGGAUGUGUGCGAUGCGGUGCAUCGGACGCUGAAGGAGAGUUUUAAGUAUGCGCUUGUGUGGGGGGCGAGCGCGAGGCAUGUGCCGCAGCGGGUGGGGUUGAGUCAUGUGGUUGCCGAUGAGGAUGUGGUGAGUAUUGUGGGGAGUAAGAGCGGGUUGUCUACGGUGAAGUAG